AAUUUCUUCAUUUGCCCGUGAGGAAAAAGAAAAGUCGAAGUCCAUCACGUAGAAAUUCGUCAAUAAACAAUUAGGGCAACCUGAGGAGCGCUAGUUGCGAAAGGCCGAGUAGCCUCGGUCGCAGUGGAUGUGGGGUGGCAGCAGCCCACGGCAAUUCGAGCGAGACGAGACAUGGAGGAGAAUGGAUGGGCGUGCCAGCCGAAGUGAAAUCCUGGAAAGAUUUGGAGGGUGCAUGGGCCCGGGAGCGGAGGGAAAACGCCAUUCAUGCACAGGAGGGAGACAGGCUGGGGACUUGCGAAAGGCAGAUUCUUUUCAGGCCGGAAAAGAGCACGAGAAACGACUCUGUGAUCCAGUUGCAAGUCUGCAGGAAGAAUUGUCUGUUUGUUUGUUGAGUGCAUCUUGCUUUUUGCUUCUUGCCCGGCAACAUCAAACAUGGGUUGGGUUGGGUUGCACAUGAAUCUCCACUUGCGCUCGGCGUAUCUCGACCAAACAUCCCCAAUAUGUGGAUAAUGGUACUACGGCCUUCGGCGACCAGGGAUCAGGCGUCUUUCGAUGCAGCAUCGAUCAUGAUUGUGAAGCUUGAAAUCAUCCUCCUUCUUAGUUACCUCUCUAGGCGCGGUGGUAGGGUUUGUCCUGUGCGCUUUGCCUCGUACAGGAAUUCCUGUCCUUGGAUAUUGACCUGAACAAAAUGGAAUUUUGGGAUUGGAAUCUGGAUAGCCAAGAAAACGAGGAUCAUGUAUUGACACAAUCUGAUCUUUGCUGAGUUUUUUAGUGACUGCAUGUUGUGUGCACUGAGCCAUCGUCUUUUCACUCCUCUUUUCAUUUUUUGGAUUCCUUUGUUGCGAGAGAUGAAAUGCGAAGAAAAAGGUGGCCGAAAGGCCGGAACAAGGAAAACUUGUAGUAGGAGCGUUUCAUCUAGUUUGGGUCAAGGCAAGCUAUGACCCUGUCAAUGUCGGUUUUCACUUGUACGAUGUACAAAACAAACCUUGCCUUCCACAAUGUUCGAAAAUUUUAUGUCCUCCAGGACUUUUGACAAUCAAGUCUGACAAGUUGCUUGUUUACUUGGUCAGUACCUCUAUUCUCAACAGACAUGAAGGGAAUGCCAAUACUUUAUGUCCGAAGAUUGUUCUUGGGGGAGAAGCAUAGAAGAACAUAUCUUAGUCCUCAACAUGUGCUCAGGGAAGGGGACCGCAGUUGGUCCUUAAGAUGCAUGGAAUAAUAACUGCAGUCUUGGAAACCAAAUGCACAGUACUUGAUAUCGGAACUACUUCUUGGUCGCA